GAGUCAGAAGUCAUUAGGUGUCAGGUUAUUCGGAGGAAGGCUGAUUUGUUCUGGUCGUCCCGUGGGAGUCCAGGAGGAGGAUAUAUGGAGGUGGCCUGAGACGAACUGAAGCUUUUGUGACCAUGAGGACGACGCAGAGGCGACAAGUGUGCGUCCUUCUACCAAACAAGCAGCACCUGGACUGUACUGUCAGGGCGAGAGCCAGAGGCCACGAGGUGUUGAAUAGUGUGCUGAAGCAGCUCUUCGUCAGUGAGCUCCAAGUCUUCGGUCUGGCUGUUCUCAGAGAUAAUGAAUACCUCUUUCUUGAUCUGGAGCAAAAGCUGAGCAAGUACUUUGGCAAAAGAUGGAGGAGAGGAUCCCUGAAGAUCCCAUUCAUCUUAUUCCUGAGAGUGCAGUAUUAUGUAGAGAGCGGGCGGCUGAUAUUGAGCAGUAAAAUACAGCAGCUCUACUACGCUGAGCUGAGGCAGAAGGUUCUGCAUUCCCAGAGCCGCCAUCAGGAAUCUUUGUUCUUCCAGCUGGCAGCGUCUGCGCUUCAAGCUGAGGUCGGAGAUCUGGAUUUGAAUGAUGAAGAGGAGGAGGGACAAGAGAGAAAACACAGACAUUACUUUCUUCCUGAAGAUUACUUCCCCUCCUGGCUGAUAAAGCGACGAGGACGAGACUUUCUGCUCCAGCACUGCCCGGCAUUACACACGGAGCUGAGAGGCGUGCCACGUAGCCAAGCCGUCCUGCGGUUUAUAAAGGAGGCCAGCAGCCUGCAGGAUGGAGCGGUCACCUUCUACAGGAUGAGGCAGGUCAGUCACACUCACAAGAAAACCUCCACUGACUGCAACUGUAAUGAAGUACAAUCAGCAAAUCAGGAGGCUGAGAAAAAAGAGCUGAGGAGUUUGAUUCUUCUUGGUGUGGAAUUGAAAGGAGUCCAUAUUUAUCAGGAAGUGGAAGGGAAGCCGUGUUUAUUGUAUCAUUUUUCCUGGACCGAUAUCGACUGCUUCACUUUCCAGGGCUGCAGGUUUGAAAUCUCUGCAGUGGGCUCUCUGUGCCUCUCUAAGCUGGUGUAUUACACUCCUUCUGUUUUCCACUCCAAACACAUCCUGAGGCACCUCAGUGACAGUCACCGGCUCCACAUUAAUACCAGAGAUGCAGUCAGCUGCGUCCAACAGCUGGAAGACAUGGAGGCCUGUCAGUUCUACAAAGAGGCCUACAUCUGUGACACAACACGCCUAACACACAGACUCCAGAGCCUCACGUCCUCCAUGUCGGACUGCAGCGAUGCAGUCGAAAUGACAACAGCCUGGUCCAAAGAGGAGGAGGAUGAAGAGGUCACAGAGUUUGAGCUGUGCGUGGACGAACCACAGGAGUUUUUUGUUGACGACCCAGCUGAGGUGUUGUGGUUGGCUGAGCUGAUGCAUGCUGCGUCCGUCGGCGGACCUCAGGUGUCUUCUCCCUGGGCAGCUGUCACCGUGGAAAUGAAACAGGUUCUGCGGAGCAGGGAGGAUGAAGGGGUUUCUGUGGACUAAUGUACAGCCAGAGGCUGUUCUGCAGCUCAGGACCAGACCCCUAAUGUCACUGCUCUGAUGCUCAUGUUGCUUUUCAAAUUAGUCAUCAUACACCUAAUAAAUGAUGUAUCUGAUAUAGAACUAUGUGCUAAUAAUCACUGUUUGCAGUGCAACAUUAAUAUCUUUAACAUACUGUAUGUUUGUGUUUGCAUCAACAAACUGUUAGAUUAAAGCACUUGUAGAUG